ACCAUUUGGCGGGUUUUUUCCGGCUGCUCUGUUCUGUUCCGGCAUUUGAGAGGCUCAGCGGUUGCUUUUAGGAUGUAGGACGUUCUCCCCAAGAGAGCGACUUCUCGAGAUUUCUAGUCCCCUUCCAUCGGGGGUUUGGGGGCUUCCCCCACAAUUUUUUUAAAAAGUGUUUCUGUGACUGACGGCUUGGGGCCUUCUGACAUCCUGAGGUCUUGGGCUCUUUGGUCACCUUUCAUCUCGGUCCCCCCACAGGGCGACAGUAUCAGAGGGACUUCGUCCUGCUCGUCGAUCCCCACGCCCGUGGGUUUUUUGGACUGAGGUCGGAGCUGGGUCGACCUGCUCCCACCCCCCUCCGGGUCGCCAUGUCCUUGACCGCACAGCAGCUGGUGGAGGAGUUGCAGAUCUUCGGCCUUGAGUGUGAGGAGGCUCAAGAAAUGACUGAGAAAUCCGACACCUUAAGCUUCUGCUGAUCCAUCACUUCUCAUCAAAGCGGUUGGUGAUCUGUGCAAAUAAUAUCCCUGGAGUGCCAGAGCUGUGUGUUCUGUAUGGACAGAAUGAGGAGGUGAUGUUGGGCGAGCUCAUUGCCUUUUGCACCAGCACAAAGAAAGAUUGUGUUACGGCAGAGACCUUGAACUCUUUUGAACACGAGUUUCUGAGCAAAAGAUGGUCCAGAGCCCGGCACCAAGCUUCCAGAGACAGUGGGCACGCAGGAGCCAGAGACAUUGUUUCCAUACAGGAGCUGAUAGAAGUGGAGGAGGAAGAAGAGACCCUUUUGAAUUCCUAUUCCACACCCUCCAAGGGUUCUCAGAAGCGAGAUAUCACCACCCCAGAAACCCCCCUAACAAAAAGGAAGGUGUCUACUCGCAGCCCCCAUCAGCUCCUCUCGCCAUCGAGUUUCUCUCCAAGUGCUACUCCCUCUCAGAAAUACAACUUGAGAAAUAACCGAGGAGAAGUGGUUACCUCUUUUGGCUCAGCCCAGGGAGUGUCUUGGUCUGGAAGGGGAGGAGCCGGCAUCAUCACCCUGAAGGUCGUGGGGUAUCCAGAGUCACUAACUGGGAGCUACAAAUCGAUGUUUCAGAAGCUCCCAGACAUUCGAGAAGUUCUGACCUGUAAGAUUGAAGAACUUGGCAGUGAACUCAAGGAACAUUACAAGAUUGAGGCUUUUACUCCUGUUCAAGUUCCAGCACAAGAGUCCGUCACCCUGCUGGGCCAGAUUGGCUGUGAUAGCAACGGGAAGCUGAACAGCAAGUCAGUCAUUCUGGAGGGAGACCGGGAACAUUCGUCUGGCGCUCAAGUUCCGGUGGAUCUAUCGGAGCUCAAAGAAUAUUCUCUGUUUCCUGGACAGGUGGUAGUCAUGGAAGGAAUCAACACCACUGGUAGAAAACUUGUUGCCACUAAACUCUAUGAGGGUGUGCCACUUCCAUUUUAUCAGCCCACCGAAGAGGAUGGAGAUUUUGAACAAAACAUGGUCCUGGUGGCCUGUGGGCCGUACACCACAUCUGACAGCAUCACGUAUGAGCCUCUGCUCGACCUGAUCUCCAUCAUCAACCGCGACCAGCCGGACGUCUGCAUCCUGUUUGGCCCUUUCCUGGACUCUAAGCAUGAACAGGUUGAGAACUGUCUAUUGACGAGUCCAUUUGAAGAUGUUUUCAAGCAAUGUCUACGAACGAUUAUUGAAGGGACACGAAGCUCCGGCUCUCACCUCGUCUUUGUGCCAUCGUGGAGAGACGUGCACCAUGAGCCUGUGUACCCACAGCCGCCUUUCAGUUACUCCGAUCUGCCUCCUGAGGACAGAAAGCGAGUGCUCUUCGUGUCAGAUCCCUGCAGCCUCUCCAUAAAUGGCGUGGUCUUUGGCUUGACGUCCACGGAUCUGCUUUUCCACAUUGGGGCUGAGGAGAUCAGCAGUUCUUCCCGAACUUCAGACAGAUUCAGCCGAAUACUCACGCACAUCCUGACCCAGAGGAGCUACUACCCACUCUACCCUCCCCAGGAAGACAUGGCCAUUGACUAUGAGAAUUUCUAUUCCUACGCACAGCUGCCCGUCACUCCAGAUGUGUUCAUAAUCCCGUCAGAGCUGAGGUACUUCGUAAAGGAUGUCCUCGGCUGUGUCUGUGUGAAUCCCGGACGCCUCACUAAAGGGCAGGUGGGGGGCACCUAUGGCCGACUCUACCUCAGGAGGCAGACCACAGAGGGCAGGGAGGAGAGGCGGAGUCCCUGUGUUGCCGUCCAGGUGGUCAGGAUCUGAGGCGUCAGCUGCUUUAUCGUCUUCCCCCGUUCGGGUCCUCACAGCGGCUAAGAGCCCAGGAGCAGCCCUCGAACAAGAUCCCGACUGUUGGAAAAUAAAGGAGAGGAGGCGGCCAGCUGGGGAGGAGAGGCUGCGGGGAGUGGGCCCCCCAGGGGAGGCUUUGGGCAGCUGGCCCCCGACUCUGAGUGAGCGUCUCUGGAAGAACGCUUUAGUUUCUGACCUGCGGAGUCCAGAGUGAACAGGCUGUAGAUGCAGCCUGCUCAGAAAGACCGACGGCUUUGUGGCGUUCCACAGGAAUCAGACACAAACAACUUUUGGAGAAAUAAAAGUAAAUGCUGAGUGUAACUUCUGAGCCUAAUCUUUC